UCAGCUGUGUCCAAUCACAGCUGAUCACAUAAAACAGGGAAAUGCCGGUUAGCACUGAUGAUCAGUGUGCCGUGAUGAUCUGUGUAGCCCCAGCAGCGCCACCUGUCAGUGUCCAUCAGUGCCAGCUCUCAGUGCUCAUCCAUGCCACCUGCCAGUGCCCAUCAGUGCCACAUCAGUGCCCAUCAGUGCCACAUCAGUGCCCAUCAGUGCCACAUCAAUCCCAUAUAUCAGUGCCCAUCUGAGCUGCCUUUCAGUAUCACCCAUCAGUGCCAGUCAGUGCCACCUAUCAAUGCCAGUCAGUGCCACCUAUCAGUGCUGCCAAUCAGUGCUGCCUAUCAGUGCCAGUCAGUGCCGCCUAUGAGUGUGCAUCAGUGCCGCCUAUCA